AUGUUUCAAAAGAACGCAGUAGAGUAUUUUCUUAAAGAAUUGUAGAUAUUUUUGGCACUCCUUUUGGGUAAUGAUUGUUGAUAUUGUAGGAUUAUAUUAAUCUCAAGGAAUUGAUUCAAUAAUACCAAUUAUUUUGAAUUCAAUAUUUGAGUUUGGUUACCUAUUCCUUAAAUAUAAAAAGAGUGAUCAUAUUAAAAAUGUUUGGAGAAUAAAGAUUGUCUUUAUUUUAAUUCAAAUUUCAAUGAAUAUUGAGAUGUGUCAAUUUUGUUUAAUAAUUGUUCAUUUAAUUGAAGAUGAUAUAAUUUAAACUUUUAUAUUAAGCACAGUGUUUCUAAUCAAUCUAAUACAAGAUUAAAAGUAUAAUUAUGUUACUGAAAUACCAUUCAAUUUAUUAUUUUUUUUUAAUGUGAUAUUUUGGAUUUGUUUGCUUUUAAUGAAAUGGAAAUCAAUUAAAUCUAAUGAAGCAUAUGUUGAGUAAACUUUCAAAUAGAAAUCAUUAGAAUGUAUUUAUUUAAUUAUAAUAUUUUAUAUAGUAAAAGAAUCAAUAAACAAUAGAGAUUUAAUAAGCAAAUCAAAUUAAUAAUAAUCAGUUAGUUAAGAAAUUAAUGCUAUAAAAAUGGAAUGUAAUGAAGAUGAAUUAAUUUUAUAAAAUGUAGCUUGGAUUCAAAAUUAAUCUGCUUUAGUCUAUAAUAAAAAGCUUAACAUAGUUUAUUAGAAUAUAUUUUUAGGGAAAUUAUUAAAGUAAUCAAAUUUGGAUGAUUAAUAAACGUAAUAGUAAUCAAAGCCAGAUUAUGAAGAGUUAUUUCUUGAUUGUUAGAUUUUGGUUGGAAGCAAAGAAUUAAUGGAAAUAAAUAGCAAUAAUAAUGAUUAAUCUGUUAAUAGCGAGUAAUUUAUUAUAUUGAUAUAAUUUAUAGUGGUUCAUUUUUGCUUAAUAGAGUGAAUGAUUAUCAUAAAUGCCGAAUGAAAUCAAUAUUGACCAUUAGAGAUUUGAGUUUGAUGAUGCAAAAUGAGAUCGAUAAGUAGUUUACUUGGAAUUAAAGAGAUGGCGACCGAGUAUGGUGACAUUGUUUAAAUUGAGAAGCGAUGUGUUCGAUUUUGAGAAUAUCCAAAUCAAGGCGUUUGUGAAUAAAGUCAAUGAAUCCUCAUUUUUAAUCUUUCUUUUUGAGUAGUAGCCACCUCAAAGAAAAAAAGAAGAAACUGCCUAACCAAUAAUAAAUGUGUUUUCAACAUUUGUGCAUGAAUCUGUAAGUUAUAUCAACUGUAUAUUAACAUUAAUUUUACUUACAUAACAUGAACAUGAAAAUACACACAAAAUUUCAUUAAAGCAACAUUAUUAUAUGCCUAUAAGAAUGAUGAGUUUAAGAUAUAUUCUAUUUGUUAAUAGUAUGAGAGAUUAUAUCUUUUACAUAUAGAAUUAGUUAUUUUUAAGAAUUUCAGCAUUUAAAGUUAAUGAUUUGAUAGAAGAAUUAUUAAUUAUUUAUGAAGAUAACUUAAAAAUUAGAGAUGUAAGUUUAACAACAUCUAUUGAUUUAAGUGAUAAUAAUUAAGUCAUAUUUAGUGAUUUAGAUAGAGUAAAAUAAUUAUAAUUAAUUAGUUAAAAUAAAUUUUAGCAUGUUUAUUCUCUUAUUGUUUGAAAUAUACAACUGCAUCAUAAUUAAAAUUAGAUAUUAAAAGCUAUACUGUUAGUGGUAUUAUGGUAUCUUUUAAAGACAGUAUGAUAGCUAAAGAUGAUAAUAUGAGAAAAUCAAUAACAAAUUUAGUUAGAUUACUUAAUUCUGCUCUUAAAAUGGCUUCAUUUUAUGAUGUUGAUCUUAACAAUCCAUUAGAAUUAUAGAUUUGUGUCAUUUUAUGUUGGUAAUUGUCUGGUACCUUCAAAAGAGGUCUUGAAUUUUUGUAUGAUAGUUAGGGAUAUGGUACCUUUACAUUUGUAAUUGAAUCAUAAACUAAUCAAUAAAGAAUGUAAUCUCGUUAAGAUACAGGUCCAAUUAAAAUUUUAGGGCAAAGAAAAUAUUAUGAAACAUCAUUAUCUUUAUUAUUAGCUUAAGAUAGUAGUGGUUAUAGAGAAGAAUCUAAGUAAAUCUACAUUUCUAUUUAGAUAUUUUUCAUUAACCUAAUUAUCAAAAUAAUUUUCAAUGAAACCAGGAGAUCCAUUUGAUGUUUAGAGUGCUUAUUUUUCUUAGAUUUCAAGAAUUAAAUAGGAUUCUUCAAAUUCAAAAUAAAUAUAAAAUUCUGGAUCAGUUCCUAAAUAAUCAAAAGAAUAAAGUAAUAGCUUUUCAGGAACUUGGAAAUAAGGAUUUCCAGAUACUAUAUAAUAACCUUAUAAAAAGACUAGAAAUGAAAAAAGUGAUUCUUAACAUGAUUCAAUGAAAACACAUUCUAAUUUUGAUUUUGGAGCUGAAAUGAGUAAUCCAUCUAUACAUCCUCCUGAAUUAACUCCAAAAUUAUUAUCAUCAGUAAUUAAAUAUAGAUUAAGAUUAACUUGCUGUGCUAAAGUUUUAAUUGUAGAUAAUGAUCAUUAUAGUGUUUUCUCAUUAUAAAAAGUUUUGGAGAAAUAUAACAUUAAAUGUGACAAGGCAUUUAAUGGAAUUGAAGCUUAAAAAUUAAUAUAGAAUAAAUAAAAUAAACCAUGUCAUUGUGGAAACAGAUCUUAUCUAUUAUUUUUUAUAGAAUUUUAUUUACCAGUAUAAUAAUAAAUAUAUUUAGAUUUUAUCGGGAAUAGAUUUAGUAAAAUCUUUAAAAGAAUAAAUGAGAAAUAGUAUAAUAGAUAAAGGAUAUGUGAUAAUAAUAGCUACAUUUGUAGAUUUGAAUUCAAAAUUGGAAUGUUUCAAGAAUGGAGCAGAUUAUUUCAUCACUAAACCAUUUGACUUGAUAGAUAUAGGUGCAGCAGUUUAAUAUUUAGAUUUUUGA